GUAGGGUUUGACAAUCCACCCUCUUGAAGCGUAUUCUGGCCGCUGUCUCGCAUUACAACAGACAGCCCGUUUCCGCCUCUGCGAAACCUGUCCUUGUGGCCGGUUUCUCGACACAUAGUCUUUCCAGGGAGUAGCCUGGCCGGGCCGUGUUCUACAUGCCUAGAUUUUCGGUUGCGUUCGGCAGGCGGAAAUCGACCGCUGACAACCUGGAAAAUGCUGCGGUGACUGGUCCCUCCUUUCGCGUCCUCGAGCGCACCGACGUUGUUGGGAGUAAGGCAUUUGAUGGCGGCGUGAGGCUUGCCGCGGCGACCCAUGCCUACCACAAGUCGACCGGCUCUGACGUGACACUCGACGAUAACCUAUUUGCGGAUAUCAAGUCGAACCGCGGGAGCGGGUCUUCGAAUACAACCAAGACUACUCUGACCGACAACUCGUCCCGUCAUAGCAAUGCCUCGACCGCUCCGUCCUCUGCCGAUACUGGGGGUUCCGAUGAAUGGCGCGGUGCUCAGAGGAAGUCGUCAACUGACAUCCCAGUGCCUCCGAUUCCGAAGUCGUCGCGCGGAUUUCUGAACGCUGCCGGACGUACCUUCUCGUUUGGUGGACAAAAGAAGUCUCUUCCUACUGCGCCCAGGAUAGACGAGUCGCCACCACCGAGCCCUCCUGUGGCCCGAAUGCAAACGCCUACGAACGGGCGGCCAAGAGCACCUACCUCCUCGACCUCGGCCACGGUGACUCCUCCUAGGCUGGAUGAUGAUUUAAACUUGGAUUUAGGCGGGGAUUUUGGCAAGUUGGUGCUGGGAAACGACAAGCGAGCGAGUGCGGCAACUCUGAGGAACGACCAGUAUACGGCCCACGCGGCCGCCCCUAGAUCUCUUACGGGAGCCCGUACGAUCCAGCCAACUCCGAUUCAAAUUGACAACGCAGCGAAAGUUGAGCCUUCUCCGCACUCGUGGGGCAGUCAGCACUCCCACGACCAGCUUAUCGGACACUCCAGCCCCACGCUUUCGCCCAAGAAACAGGAACACUCCCCUCCUCCACCUCCUCGCCACACUUCACCUCUGCUCGAAAGGCAGAGGCCGGGUACGUCGCCAGAAGUAGGACCCAGAAGACCAUUGCUCGCACCGGAAAAGCACAGCAGUGAGCAAGAGGACGGGGAGGACGAGGAAGCGAGACUGCUGAAAGAUUCGUUGUCCACUGUGACCAUGUUCAUAACUGAAGGGGGCGAGUCCGCGUCGGCAGACAACCAAUCGGGUUCCGGGUAUCGGAGGAAUGAAGACGACGACACCCUGUUUGACUCAGGCAACAUGCAGUCGUUCAAGUACGGCAACCGCCAAACCGCCCGGCAACACAGCAACCCCGCAGGAAGUAGCAAAGUCAUGACCCCGGCUGAGUUUGAGAGAUAUCGGAAGGACAAGGAGCGCCAAGACAGGGAACGGGAAUUGCUCGCAGGCGGCGGUACAAAGAAUGCGGACGAGGACGAGGUGAACUACGAGGACGACGAGGAUGAAGCCGAGAAAGCCAAGCAGCAGGCGAAGCAGAGGCGGAAGCAGGAAGCUCACAUGGCAGUGUAUCGGCAGCAGAUGAUGAAGGUCACUGGAGAAUCUGCUAGCGGUCCGUCCUCGAGGCCGAGUUUGCAGAUGUCAUUCAGCACUCCGGAUCUGCCUACUGCCAACCCUCCGGCCGGCACAGCCAAUACAUCCGAGAAUUCUGACGAAGACGAGGAAAUCCCGCUAGCCAUCCUCGCCGCACACGGUUUCCCAAAUAGGGCGCGUCCACCAAACCGUCUGAGUCCCAUGGCAUCGAACCCCAACCUGCGGGCCUCCCAGCAGCCGAGUUUUCAGCGGCCAAUGUCGGCCAUUGGAGAUACGCCUGGCGCGGGUAACCCGCAGCUUCCCGCCUUCGCUAGGAACCUGCCAAGAGACCCCUUCGUCGGCGCAGGCCUCGUCCGCAAUUCUGUGCGGGAGAGCUUUUCUCUCGGGGGCGGCGCCGCUGCCCCGGGGCAUGCAGCAGCCCCUCCAGGCGGUCUCAUUGGAGUGAUUGCCAAUGAGGAGCGUAACCGCGCGAUGAGGAGAGGCAGCCCGCACCUGGAUGGAUCAGGCUCGUUACCUGGAACGGCUGGUUUUGACCCGAUCGCCGGUAUCCCUUCACACUUGAUGUAUUCCGCGCAUCCAAAUCCGCCAGCGCUGUCACCGGGCGACCAGGCCCAGCUCCAGAUGACCCAGCAGAUGCAGCAGUUCAUGCAGAUGCAGAUGCAGUUCAUGAACAUGAUGGCUGGCCAGAAUUCCAAUCCUUCGGCUACGGCUCGUGGGCACUUGACGUCGCCAUCCGUUGGGAGUCUUAGUACCGUGGGCGGUCUGACUCCGAGCGCGAGUAUGCAGGGCUUGGGAGGGCCUGAAAUGCGGCGCUCAUUCGUUGGUAAUGAGUCAAUGCUUGAUGUGCCCUAUGGUCGUGGCGAGGCACAGAUGCGCACCAUGAGCAUGGUUCAACCCAGUUCCGCGUCUUGGAUACAACCGCCACAGCCUGGCGGGUUCGCACCUUCGAUUCGUAUUAUAGGCGGGGGUUAUGCGCCGUCUAUUGCACCGUCGGAGCGCAGCAACAUCGGCCUUCCGGGUCGGUACCGUCCUGUGUCGCACGUACCGCCCCCUCAAACGACCGGACCGUCGCAUUUACGGACCUCUUCGACUAUGUCCGGAGCCAUCCCACAAUCCAGCCACUCAGCGCCCAAGUCGGGUAGCACCUCGGAUGACGAUGACGAAGAAGGCUGGGAAGCCAUGAAAGCGAAGCGCGAGAAGAAGAAGUCGCUAUGGAAAUCCAAAAAGUCGAUCAGUGACGAUAUUGGAGCACUCAUCAACUGAUAAUGUCAAGUCGAUAACACUAAUGUCGGACGAGAGGGUUUCGAGGGCAAUGAAGGGAUGUACGGACUUUCUUUUUUUGGAGGGGGGGAGUGGGAUUUUUUGGGUAUAGCCGAAGCAAGGGUCUCUUCGCGUUUGUAUAUUCUGUACGUGGUCAGGGGCGCCAGUCGCACAGGACGAUAUCCGAUGGCUGUGGCGGAGACG